AUGGAUGACAUUGUUGCGCUCGCAAUGGAACGUAUAGAGAAUCUCCUUGAGGACAAAAUAACCCGUGAUGCUAUUUGGCGCAACGAUUUCUGCAGAAAUUUUGCCUUUUUACAGGAGGCAUUCAGCAGCAUUGGAGCACUAGCCAAGGCCGGAGUGACACAGGAGGAAACGGAUGCUUAUUAUGCUACAACCGAUCUGCCGUACGCUCUUCACAAGAAGAGCAUCCCAGAAAUGAUUGCAAAAUGGGGUUCCAUUGAGACAGGUUUCCCGCUGCGAGACGAGAAAGACCCUCGCUAUGCAAAGAUAAUUCAGCACCGCCGGCGAUUUGCAGAUAUACUACUACGUUCUUCUCGGACACUUCGACAUCAGGGGGAAGAGAACACUGUGGAUGCGAUUCAAGCUGUGAAUGGGGUGGUCAAUGCGGACAACUGGAGCUAUCUGCGCAGUCGGUUUAAUGAAGAGAAAAAUGUUCGCUCCCCUGCACAGAAUAUCCUGUCAAAGAUCUCAGAGACGUACGAUGGUGUAAGGCGUCGAGUGAUGCCAAAAAUAUAUGAAUCUCUGGUCCAAGGAACCGACGACGACCGUAUGAAAGGCGCCCUCUAUCUUCUAAAUCAUCCUGCCUUUGGUAAGAGCUCCAGACUAAUUUUGGUGAUCAAGACUCCUAAUAUCAUUCAGGCAAAUAUGCAGCGACAGGUGAUAGCUUACAUGCGUACAUCAAAACCCAUCUCAUUAUUCUUUUCAGAGCCAGAGCAGAUUCCUCUUUUUGUCAAAUAUUUCUUUGGAUGUCAACACAACGAAAAGUGCCAUGUUGACAACUGGUCAGCGCUAUCAAACUUUGUCGAACAAAGUCAAAGUGUAUACGGUAUGGACAGCGAACCUUUGCAUCAUGCUGCAGAAGAGCUCUUUAAGAUUCUGCCCGAAAGUCUCCAAGAUCGUGAAGUGAUCGAGCGAAACGCUGAAGUGUGCAAGACACGACUCGAAGAGACAAGAAACUACCUAGAGGAGACGCAAAAGGCGUUACUGGCGAUUGGCAUGUCAGAUAAGACGCACUGGAAGUAUAGCAUUGUCGCUUUGCGCAUGCUGAGAGCCUUAGUGCGGCGCGAAGUGCCGAAUAACGGUUCCCAAAUGGAGUAUUUCCUCUCAAAAACGACUGACAAUCACCCCUCCAUUCGCUAUGUAGUCAGAACUCAUAGCAAGGAGCCAAAGGACUUGAUAUUGCAGUCAAAUCACAACCCGCUUCGCCGUAGUGUCCCUGUGCAGCAACCAUCACACGAUACUACUAGAGAGUAUCUACAAACCUUCGCUGAACCGGUAGACUGGGAACUGGCGCAGAAAAAGCCCCAGGUAGACUUUCUGUUAGCACCUUCUGAAAAGGAAACAUGGGAAGAGGAUUCUAAGAGUGCUCUGGAAGCUCUCCGUAGUCUUGUCCUCACCUCAUCAUAUUGGGAGAAGCUACGCGUACAUUAUGCCGAGGAAAACCAGAGUUCCGCUAUCAAUUGGGACAAUGUUUCGUUCGUGAAGUCAAUUUUUCAAAUGAUCGGCGAUGAGCCCUGGGACUCACUUCACCCAACGGUCACCAAACUUUUGGAAGACAUAGAACAAAAUAAGCAGCGUGCGGCUGCCGAAUUCUUGGCAGGUCUCCUGGGUGGGUCAAAAAAUUGGCCAAUUACGUCGCAAAUCAAGAUUUGGAACUGGAUCGAGCCACAAUUACCCAAGAUUUUGGGACAGAAUGUCAAAUCUGAUACAUUGAAUAUAUGGACGUCUUUUCUUGAGUACUUGCUGGGAAAUCGAGAUCCACGGCGUUCUCAAGCUAUCGUGAAUUACGUUAUCAACGAGAGUAGACUUAUGGAAUAUAAUCAAGAGCUAUCAUUUGAAGGUAACAAUUAUUAUCAUAACUUGAGCUCAAGAGAUUUACAAUAUGCAAGCCGUCAGGAUUUGUUGCUUCACCCAAGCAAUGGCCGAAAGUCUUGGAUGGCGCUUCCAGCCAUGGAUCGAACCUAUCUUAGAACGGCAUUGGCAGGAGUUGGCAUCAGAUCACGACGAAGUAUGUUUUGGUUUCGUUUUAAUCCGCAGGAACUCACAUUAUCAAAGGUUCGAGCAUAUAUUGCGGAUGCUCUGGAAUUUGGCAACCAAAACCUACCGUUCCAACGACUGAGGUAUUCGUCAGAGAAUGCCAUACACUCCCUGAGACCGAGGACAUUAUGUCGAUCAGAGAAGGUUCCCAACUACCCCGCUUUAAGAAGCUACUUCCAGAGUUGGAGCGUUGGAGAUCAGAGAGGUUGCCAGGCGCUCGUGCAAUCCACUCACAAUACGAUCGCGCUGCGUCUACAAUUCUCAAGUGGCUAUUCUUGGGGUUACACGACAUCCAGGCGGUUUCCACCUGAGCUACUUCGAAUGAGUGAAUUAAACGAUAACAAUGACCUUGCUCAACGUGCCGGCUUCCUCCUCACCAGAACAUGUGGGGUGAUCCCACCCAAGGAGCUCAUUGUUCCUUUCCUGAAUACUAUCUUCCAAGUAAUUGAGGAGACCACUGUAUGUGAUGGUUAUCCAUCGAUCAAAGCGAAUGCUUACGUGAAAAUCUAG